AGAGAGGGAAAAAGCAGAAGGGCGACAGCAUGCACAAAUGGGGAGAUCACCAGAGGGAGAUACGAUUCAAUGAAUCAUGAGUGAGUGUCAUCGGACAGCGGAGGUGUUCGAUGGGCUCUGCGCGUGGUUGAGGGAUGGCGGGGCGUCGUGCGGCAAGGUCGGAGUCCGGCAGAUGGGGGAGGAGGGCGAGUACGGCGUGGUGUGCACUCAGGAGAUAAAGGUAAGCAAGAAACAUGAGUGAGUCAGGCACAGCACACUCGUUGACAGACAGAUCUGUGUCGUGUUGCAUGUGUGGUUGUCAGCGGGGCGAGAGGUUUCUGACGGUGCCUGUGGAUCUCUGCAUCACGCCCGAUACCGUGCUUGAAGGUCGAACACAAGACGCAUGCAUAUUCACAGCACACUCACCUGAUGUCAUGUGUGUGCCACAGCAUGCCCUCAGCUGGGUCCGCUGGUGAAUCUGGACAGGCUGCUGCUGGGCCACCAACACACAGGCGAGGCCGCCACUGCAGACGAUGCCGACACUGUCGACGGAACGGUGAGAUGCACAGAGAGAGAGGAGCAUUAAUAUGCAUGUAUGUGUCUGUAUCACGACGCCAUGUGUGUGUGUAUGCAGCCACCCAAUGGGCGUCGUGAUUGCAAUGGCGAUGAUUUGGCGUCAUCGGGUGAGUCCCCUCCUGCAUUGCAGCUGUUGAGUGGCCACAGUGCGGUGGCUGCCUUCCUGCUCUACGAGAGGAACAAGGGACACAGAUCCAAAUGGAGGAAUUACAUCGGUCGGCGAGAGACCGCAUGUACACUAUGGAUCUGCAUUUGUGUCCCUGUGUGUGUCGGUCCGUCAGCGAGUCUGCCCCCUCUGUCCUUGGUCCGUCGUCACCAUUCGGUGUUCUUCAGUGACAAGGAUCUGACAUGGCUCAUUGGCACCACCGUACACAGUGAGUGUACACGCACAUGAGUGUGCUGAGGCGGUAUAUAUAUUUGCCUGUGUGUCGCAUCGUCAGCGCGUGGUGAGGUCAAGAGGAGGAAGCAGGAAAUCAUGACCGACUACGCCAUACUCACCAUCGUACAGCUCACACACUACUACACAGCUAUCUACCGAAAUGGCUACAUGCACAUUGGUUUGUGAUCAGGCCCUGGGUGACUUCAGCUCCGUCGCAUCACUUGAGGACUUCAUGUGGGCACGAUGCAUCGUAGGGGUACGAAGUCACGCACACACACACGGACAGAAUGCGUGUCUAUGUGGCGACGCCUUGAUCAGAGUCGUCUGUUCUCCUUUCUCCGUCAACGCCAGAAGGACGCCACGUGUCCGCUGGUGAUGCUCUGCCCACUCGCCGACAUACUCAACCACAAAAUGCCGCCGGAGGUGCGCAUCACACACACACAGGCAAGCACAUGGACCCUUUUACGCAUGUGUGUGUUCAGAGUCGUUGGUAUUUCGAUGCGUGUGAGGGGUGCUUUGUGCUGGAGGCACUGAGGGACUUCACUGUGGGCGAAGAGGUCCGCAAUACACUGUGGAUGUGUGUGAUCCAGCCCAUGCGCAGAUCCACAUGUGUGUGUGUGUGUGUGUCUUGAUGCAGGUGCAUGAUUCCUAUGGCCCCAAGGCCAACCGUCUGUUGUAUCUCUACUACGGCUUCACACUGCUCGACCAACACCACAUCCACGACACCGUCGAUGUACACGUAGGCUACUACAUGACUAUUCACUACACACACACAUGACGAUGUGCACACACACACGGAUCUUAGCUAUGUGUGUACAUGUCAGGUGGAUUUAUCUGAGGAGCAGAGAGAGCUCUGGGCGGCGAAGGCGCGGCACUUCAGCGGCAAAGCGAUCGACGUCGAUGGCAACAACACACACAGGUAUCUAUAGGUACCCUUGUGCUAUCUGUGUGGAGUGUGGAGUUCUGUGUUUUUUGUGUGUGUAGGCUUACGUUUCGCCUGGCGUGGGACAGUGCCGACCCGUCCCUCUAUCAGAGGCUCAUGGCGUUUCUCCGCAUACACGUCAUCACGUGGGCAUACCCAUGAACACACCCAUGCACGCGCACGCUGUUUCUCCUUUCUGCACGCAGCGACGUGGAUGAGCUCCCAUCAAUUUCUGGUACCCUCCUGAGGCAUGGCAAUCCUGACCUGUGUGCAUGUGUCUGUCUGCAUGCCUUCGGUGUCGUCAGACAUGUGGAGCGUCCCCCCGAUCAGUGUGCACAAUGAGCUACUGGUACGUAUACAUACUCCCCCACUCGUGUGCAAUAGAGUGUGAAGGUUGUGUGCAUCUUGAUACAGGCUCUGACCCACUUCCAGCAGCUGUGUGCGGACGCGCUCAAACGCUACCCGGCAUCACUGCAGGUCAGCCACAUCCGUAUACAUACAGACUUGAUGUAUGUCUGUCUGCAGGAUGACGAGCAGCUGCUGCAGCGGCCGGGCUCACCCCUGACCCCACCUCAGAGAAACGCCCUCGUCGUCCGCAUAGGCGAACAGAGGGUACACGCACACACCCACGCCCACGCCCACGCAUACACACACACGUGUCUUUUCUGUGUGUGGUACAGCUGUUGCGUCACUAUGAGAGCAUGUGUGUCCGUGCUGCGGAUGUACUGAAUCGGCCGGCCGUUGAGGUGCGGAGGUGGCUGGCCAAGAGGACACGAGAAAACACCACACACUGGGUGGGUGAGUGGGCGAGAUGCAGCGGCACAUACGCACAUUCAAACGUGCCAUGGUGUGGCGGGGUGGGUGUGUGUGUGUGUGUGUGGUUCAGGAUUACUUUGGGACGGUCCCCCACCAGCUGCUCGAGAUGACCAGUCAGACAGACAACAAGUGAAGUGUGCCCUUUCCUGCCGAAACGCCAGGCAGUAUAUAAGCAUUCU